CUUAUGUAACUCGACCUAUCAAACCUGCUAUCUAAAUCCUAAAAUAUGCUUUAAAUGUAUCAAGUACAUUUCAGAGAAGAGCUCCAGCCUCUAGCUGUCCACUUCAGGCCUGGACAGAGCUGGGACACGGCUGGGGGCUGGAGCUCCUCUCUGGCUGUUGGUUCAAGUUAAAACCAACAGUUAUGUUAUCAAGGGGAGGGCUUUAGAAUCUUCAAACUGCCACAAAUCACAGAAGAAGAAUGUGACAUGGUUGCCAUGACAGUGCAUCUUGUCCAAAUUCAGCCAGACUGAAUCUGUUAACCUUAAACAUUUACAUUUUCACUACCAACGUUUGUCUUUGAGCAAGAUUUCAUGAUGCCCAAGAAGACCAAAGGCAAAGGUGGGAAGCAGAAAAAGGACAGUCAGCCUAAAGAGGAGAUGCCCAAGGCUCAGACUGAAGGCGAAACCAAAGAGACCGUUAAAGAGAAGUCGCCAGCAGUGCUGGACGGGCCUUCAAAGAACAAGGAUGAGAUGUGGGAGGAAUGUGCAAGUGUCCAAGAUGAAUUAAAUAGGGUGCUGAAACAGAAAGGGGACUUUAAGAUGGAGAAGGACAAGGCCCAAAGAUCCUGGGACAACUCCAAGAGGAACCUGGAUGAGGCCAAGGCCAGCAUGAGAGAGAGGCUCAGGUUAAAACAAGAGGGCGAGAGACAUCGCCAAGCAGAAAUUAAAGAGCAUGAGCAGAAGCUGAAACAAUUGGAGACUGCUCACCACAAUGAGAUCUGUGAGCUGAAGGUGGCCAACAUCUCCAGGACCUCAAAGACCCAGAGGGGCCAAGUGGAGUCGGAGCUAGUGCUUCAGAAGAAAAAGAACAUUUUACAAGCGGACAUGGGAGAGAGAGAGUCCUGUAAUAAAAUCUUCAUUAGAAAGUUCAAGCAGAGACAGCAGGAUGAAUUAAAGGAACUAAAUGAUAGCUAUGAAAAGACAGUCAGAGAAAUGGAGGCCAACUAUAUCAACACAAUGAAAAUCAUGGCCAAAGAGCACAACCAAAACACACAAACUACGCUAGAUGAGAUCGACAAGCAAAUGAAAAUGAGGAUUGUAAGUGUUGUAGCGGCGCAAAACAAAUCCUGGAGAGAUCUCAACAAGUCCGUCGCAGAUAAACAUCACGUGUGCUUGGAAAAGGAGAGGCUAGAGACAGAACUUGAAGCUGCAAAGGGAAAGGGCGAGCUACUAGACUGGAGGCUGGCAGCAGCGGUGCAGAAGAACAAAAGCAUAACCGAGUCUCUGCAGGAAUUGGAGCCAAAGCUGUCGGAGAGCCGCACACAGCUGGUGAAAGAGAGAAAAGCCAUGGCCAAGAGUUUGAAGAGGGGCAAAGAAAUGAGUGCACACAUACUCGGGGAGAGACGUGAGCUGUAUUUGAAGCACCAGCAGUUGGAGCUGAAAUACGAACAGGUUCAGCAGGAAUACGACGAGCUGCAGAAGAGGCAGACUGAGGCCAUUCUGGACGUGCAGCAGAAAAGCGGCCUGAAGGCCUUGGUGCUGGAGAGGAAGAUAAAGGCCAUGACAGAAAUGCAGGAGAAGGAGCAGCUCGAACUCUGGGUGGCGCUCACAUUCGGACAGGGAGACCAAACGGCUGCAAAAAACAUUAGGGAACUUUUUGUGUCCAAAGACGCCACCACGAGGGCUUUAAAGGCUGCCGUGUCUCGAGAUUUAAAGGUGUACGACGACAUAGUUAAAAACGCGGCAGUCUUGGGGAUCUUUGCAGACACAUGGCUCCCAAUGGGUGAAGUAACCGUGAGGAACGCCUCAGAGGAUAGCGUUCCUCUACAAAGCAAGAACUUUGACAACUUGAUGCAGGAACUGACCGCUUUGUGCAUCUCUGUGGACGACUCGGUCCAAAAGGACGCCCUGGGACCGAACCCUGUUAGCGCCGCUCCAGGCAGUGAACGCCUGCAGCUCUCGGGAGCUUCUGGGUGGGUUCAGGUGCCUAUUCCCACUGAGUCUGAAGAUGGUGGUUCCUGUGUCAGUGACCAGCAGUCUAUGGUGACCCCUAGAGCUACGGACGACUCACUGCUGGAUGAAAACGUUACACUGCCUGACUCUUGAUAAUAAUAAUAAUAAUAAUAAUAAAUUGAAUUUAUAUAGCGCUUUU